AUGACUGGAAAUCAAUGGGGUUACGGGGAGGAGGACGGUCCAUCAUCUUGGUACAAAGAUUAUCCCAUCGCCGAAGGGGCUCGCCAGUCCCCCAUUAACAUUGCUCCUGAAGAAGCGGUUUAUGACCAUGGCCUCCCACCCAUCUCACUCCACUAUGACAACUGCACCUCCACCAACAUAUCCAACAAUGGCCACUCUGUGGUGGUGGAGUUUGAUGAUGUGGAUGAUAGGUCAGUGAUCCAGGGGGGGCCCCUGGAGAACGCAUACCGCCUCAAACAGUUCCACUUCCACUGGGGUGGAAAGGGUUGCCAUGGCUCUGAGCACACCGUCGCUGGGAAGACGUACACGUCUGAGCUACAUCUAGUUCAUUGGAACGCUGCCAAAUAUAGUUCAUUUGCAGAGGCUGCAGUGGCUCCGGACGGCCUGGCUGUGCUUGGUGUUUUUCUGGAGAUAGGAGAUGAACGUGGUGGUCUGAAUAAGAUAACAGAUUCUUUAUACAUGGUUAAAUUCAAGGGAACGGUCACUGAUUUCCGGGACUUCAACCCAAAUUGCCUCCUGCCAUCUAGUCUGAAGUACUGGACCUACCCUGGCUCGUUGACGACUCCUCCGCUCUAUGAAAGUGUGACCUGGAUUGUUCUGACUGAACCUAUCUGUGUCUCGGAGAAGCAGAUGGGGAAGUUCAGGACAUUGCUUUUCAACAGUGAGGAGGAAGAACAGCGGACACGAAUGGAGAACAACUUCCGCCCUCCACAGCCACUGAAGGGCAGGACCGUCCGAGCUUCCUUUAAGUAGCCCCUCCCCCACCGUUGCCUGUGCUGACGCAGCUCCAUUCUCUGACAACUUUCUAGAAUCAGCUUUUAGUGGUUGGGAGUUUCAUCGUUUCAAAAUGGUUUGUUCUAACUGAACUGAGGCUACUGUAAGACACACGCAUAAGGACCACCUGAGCUCCUAUAAGCACUGUGAAGCCAUCUUAUAAGUCUUGUUACAGCUGGUUACUACUGAGAAAUCUCUAAGUUUUCAGGUUCAGAUUUGGUCUGCUGGUACAAAAGGCAUUCUGUUGCUACCUCUCUUCUCACCUGCCCUGUUUUGGGUGCGUGUUCCGUUAAAUGUAGAUGACUCAUGCAAAGGUAGGAGCCACGAUGUUUGUGGUGUGUUUUUGUUUGGAUGACUAAUGUCUCUAUGAUCAACCUGCUCUGAAUCUGCAGCUGAAGGGCGUUGGGUAAUGACCCCAAAGCCGUGUGCACAUUCACUGUGAGACUGAUUUGGCGUACAGAUUACCUCUAAUCCAUCUUGAUCUGGCUUUUCUGGAGGGAGCCCUCAGCUGCGUGGCAUCCAGAAGCUUUGCUGUACUCCAACCUGACAGUAGGGGCAGAAUUAUUCAGCUGCUAACUUGCUUUCAAGAACUGUGGCAACAGGCUGAACCUAGUGAUAUGGGCUUGGAUCCAGGCCUUACAUUAUGCUUAGAAAAAAACUAAAUUUUAUGGCCCACCCACACAAGGCCAUCUAUUCAGCUUUGCUUUGAGCAAGCCUGGUGUUAUUCAAACUGUCCCUUAGCCAUAUGACUCUUUUAAAUAUAGACCAGCUAAUUCAUGGGGCACCGGUUGUAAAUCUACAAGCUUGCAUGGGACGCACUGGAAUCCCACCAUGUAUAUGAGUUAAUUGAAUUGGUGUCAGCCUUUAUUUUGAGCUAUAGGCUAGACUGGUGAAGUUUUGAGCACGGAUUUCAUAGUUCUCUUUAGGUAGAUUCCUGUGUAUUGAUCUUGUAAAGCAUCUCUGCCAUUAAUCGUAUGUGUUUAAGAAUGUCAUAAUGAUUGAAAGAACUUUAUCAAAUGCACCUGACUGGAAAAAAAGGUCCAUUUAAUGACAAAUUGGAUUUGCAGCUUAGUCAAAAUAUGUUUUAACUCUAUGAAGGAUAAGAAAAAAACAAUUUGAAAUAUCUAUGCAUACAAUUAUCUAUUUAUUGUUGUUUUUUAAGUAGAAGCUCUAAGGAUAUUGAUCUGUGAUAAAUCUUUAGAAGUUAAUGAAAUAAAUUCACAAUUUCUUUUUUAAUUGGGCUGGUAUAAUUUUUCAUAUAUUUGAUUUUUUUUUUAUUGUGUCAUUUGCAUAGGAGAGGUUUUCAUGGUGGGGAUCACUUGUUUACAAAUAGCUCACAUGGCAGACCAUUUUGUCCAGAGCAGCUUACAUAUGUUUCACUAUGACAAUACAUGAGCUCCCUCAGACUCAAAUCCAUGACCUUGGUGUUAUCAGCAGCGUGCAGUAUCUGCUAGUCAAGGUUAGCUACAGGUUCGUUGACAUUGUGGUCAUCUAAGAUGGGUAUCUGAAGCUUCAGCUAGGAUCACUUUGGGCAUCGUUUCAUUUAAGAGAAAGAGUUCAAGUCACUACCUCACUGUAUGAUUGCUAUGAUGUCUCUGGGAGUUUUAUCUCUGCAUGAUCAUAGCAUCUUUGAUGUGGAUGUGGAUAAUUUCAUAACUUUUCUCAGCAAUGAUCGGUUUGUUCAUUGUUGUACAUGUAUUUUAUAUACAAAUACAUUGACUACCCACUUUAUUAGAAAUGUUUUCACAUUUACACUUACUUGCCACUUAUCAGAUAUUUUUUUCUCUCUCAGGUACAUUUUAUAGGAGAACAGAUAGAGAAUGUAGCCUCUCUUAACCGUGCUCAUCAACCACUCUCUGUCCUGUUCAUCAUUGGCCAGUUUCUGACCACAGGGAUGGUGUUGACCAGAUCUUUGGAUAAGACCAUUCUAAACAUACACACUGAUGAUACAGGCACAGUAGUGACAGUUGCUCUCAUGUGAGUGUACCAGACACACACGCAUUGCUUCCAGUGUUUUUAUAUGUCAGUUUUUACACGUUAAUAUUACUGGUGGUUCACCUUCCAGAAAUAUCAAAAUGAAUUCAGUCCUGUAGUCAGAAACUAGUCUGUAGAAAUUGUAGAAACUGUAGUCUGUGUGUCUAAUGGUUUGAAUACAUUUCGUGGUAAAUCUUUUACGCAAAGAUUAGGCAUCAUUACAACUAAACAGUUCAUUAAAUCUUUAAAACUAAAGAAUACGUCACUUUCUGUUGCUCACUAGAGGUCAGAAAAUUGGUUUCUGUGGGUGGUCCUAGGUACUGACCAACAGGGUGCCCAAACGUGUGUGUGUGUGUGUAUGUGUGCGUACCAUAUCCUUUGUCUACUUCUUUAGAGUAUGUUACUAAUUAGUGGUUACUAAUUGUACAUUAAAAGUCUGCAGAUAGAUGUACUAUUUGAACUUGAAAACUGCAGGAAUCUGUCUCAACCUCUUCAUUUAAUGCUUGAGUAAAACAGGAGACAAUAAUGUUUCUGCAUUAGAAUAAUAAAUCAUUUGUAUGCUAAUGUUGCUUGGCCAGCUCUGAGAAACUUGCUUCUCUUUGCGGGUUCUGUAUCCAUCAAGUUUCUAAGAAUAGAUAUACCAAUCUUGUAAUGGUCUUUUUCAGCUUUCAUUUCUGCAAGAGUUUGUGAGACUGGUUUAGCCCUGAUGGGGAUUCUGGCUUCACCAUGCUAUAAUGGAAAUGGGGCCAAUGAAUAUUUAACCUUGUCAAACAGUGACUCAUAUCUCCCUACUUGAACAGAGUGGAGGUGGCUGCUAUGGGCUUAAAGUGCAGUUAUGCUGUGAAUGGAACAUUCUCAGGUAGAGAUUUGUUCCACAACAAUAAUCUGGU